AGCACUGACUGGCAUCACUGCUGGGCACUGACUGGCGGCACUGACUGGCACAACCCCUGGGCACUGACUGGUGGCACUGACUGGCAGCACUGCUGGGCUGCACUGGUGGGUGGCACUGGUGGGCAGCACUGGUGGGUGGGCACAGGUGGGAAGCACUGGUGGGCACAGGUGGGUGGGCACAGGUGGGUGGCACUGCUGGGCACAGGUAGGUGGCACUUCUGGGCACAGGUAGGUGGCACUGCAGAGUGGCACAGGUGGGUGCACUGCUGGGCACAGGUGGGUGCACUGCUGGGCACAGGUGGGCGGAACUUGCGGGUGGCACUGCUG